AUGUCGCACAGCUUGCUUGUCGUCGUCGUGUUUUACCUGUUUGUCACCGCCUCGUGCAAGUUCCCGGCUUUGGAUCACUUGAAACCGCAAGCCAGCGACAAGACGCAGGGCAGAGCUGUGGUCGACCUGCUGAGACGUCUGCUUGGGAAUAGAUCCACUGAGUUCAUCAUCGUAGUGAAUAGGAGCCUUUCCAACGACAGUUUGGAUGUGUGCGAGCUCAAGUCGACCAAAAAUAACAAGAUCGUCGCCACGGGCAACACCGGAGUGUCCGUAGCGUCUGGAAUUUACAACUACUUGAAGUAUUUUUGCAACUGUCACGUGUCUUGGUCCGGUGAUCAGUUGGAUCUACCGCGUCCUCUUCCGAAACUCUCCGGUGUCCUCCGCAUCAACACCCAGCAUAGGUUCCGCUACUACCAGAAUGUCUGCACUGUUAGCUAUUCGUCUGUCUGGUGGGACUGGCAAAGGUGGGAGAGAGAGAUUGACUGGAUGGCGCUGAAUGGAAUCAAUCUUCCUUUGGCUUUCACUGGCCAAGAGGCCCUGUGGCAAGAGGUUUACCGUGCUCUUGGUUUAAACCAAUCAGAAAUCGAAGAAUUCUUCGCCGGCCCGGCCUUUCUUGCCUGGAACCGCAUGGGAAACAUGUUCAAGUUUGGCGGACCCCUUCCACAGUCUUGGCAUGUGUCCCAGCUGACCCUCCAAUUGAAAAUCUUGGAACGAAUGAGGUCAUUUGGCAUGAUUCCAGUGUUGCCAGCCUUUUCUGGUAACAUCCCAAGGGGAAUCCUUAGGUUGCACCCCGAAGCAAACGUAACAAGGUUGGGGCCAUGGUCUCACUUCAACUGCAGCUACUCGUGCUCCUACAUCUUGGAUCCCAGGGACCCGCUUUUCCUCCGGAUCGGUUCCCUCUACCUUUCCCAGGUGGUCAAACAAUUUGGAACGGAUCACAUCUAUAAUACGGACACCUUCAAUGAGAUGAUUCCACCUUCCUCGGACCCCGCCUACCUGUCUGCUGUCAGUCGUUCCGUUUUUGCCUCAAUGACUGCUGUUGAUCCUCAGGCAAUUUGGCUAAUGCAGGGAUGGUUGUUCUUUAACGCCGCAGCUUUCUGGAAGCCUGCCCAGAUUCGGGCCCUACUACACGGCGUGCCCCUCGGACGGAUGAUCGUGCUAGAUUUGUUUGCGGAGACCGAGCCAAUUUUCUCCUACACUGAGUCUUUCUACGGGCAGCCUUUCAUCUGGUGCAUGCUCCAAAACUUUGGCGGUAACAGCGGUCUCUUUGGCACAGUCGAGAGUGUCAACUCAGGGCCUUUUAAAGCCUCGCGUUUCCCAAACUCCACCAUGGUCGGCGUAGGGAUGACACCCGAGGGUAUUGAGCAAAAUCCCGUCUUGUACGAGCUGAUGAGCGAACUGGCGUGGCGCAAGGAACCGGUCAACUUGGUCAAGUGGGCGUCGCUCUACGCCGUGCGUCGUUACGGCACCACGCAGGACGGCCUGAUCUCCGCGUGGAGGCUCCUGUUUUCCAGCGUGUACAACUGCACCGUGCCGCAUUACCGAAAUCAUAACCACAGCCCGUUAGUGCGCCGGCCGUCUUUCCGCAUGAACGUCGACCUUUGGUACAGCCCGGCCGACUUGUUCAAAGCGUGGAAACUCAUCAUGGAUGCGUCUCCGUCUCUGGCGUCCAAGGAAACUUUCCGCUACGACCUCGUCGACGUGACUCGGGAGGUUUUGCAAGUUCUAACGACAUCGUUUUACCUGGAUAUCACCGAUGCCUUUCAUAAACAAAAGCUGCCGGAACUGCUGGUUUCAGCCGGGGUGCUCAUAUACGAUCUUUUGCCGGAACUGGAUCGUUUGCUAAGUAGCGAUCGCCAUUUUCUGUUAGGGACGUGGCUGGAUCGGGCUAAAUCCUUAGCUAUCGACGAGGAAGAGGCUAAGCUUUACGAUAUGAACGCCAGGAACCAGCUUACUCUUUGGGGGCCUGGCGGUGAAAUCCAAGACUAUGCUAGCAAAGAGUGGGGAGGACUGAUGGAGGACUACUACGCCCAACGAUGGGGCCUUUUCGUCCAAACGCUGGUGGAGUGUCUGGACAGCGGGCAGCCGUUUCAUCAAGAAGCCUUCAACCAAGCUGUUUUUCAAGUAGAAAAGGGAUUUAUUUAUAACGGCCGGAAGUACCCCGCGGAACCUCGAGGCGACACGUACGAAAUCGCCCGUAGGAUCUUUCUAAAGUAUUACCCGCAAGCCUUGAAAACCUUGAAAAGACCCUGA